CGCCGUUGUCCUGGUGGCAUAUUUCCGAACCCUACUAUGACCAAGCCUUGGCUCAUGAAUAUUAAUGAGCUAAUGUACACGCCAACGUAUGCUUUUCAACCAAUGAGAAUAGCCCUACAGGCGGAACAGCACGGUACGUAAUUAAUAUUCAUGAGCCCCGCCUAUUCCAUAGUAGGAUUAGCAAAGCGCGACCUGUCUUACGUGCUGACGCCAUAUGUAUAUGAGCGCACGCGGCGGGAUCUUUUUCCCCUUUUAGCGCCAUCAGAGCGGGAGUCUCGCGCUGUUCACUGCGCAGUAGCAUCUCCGCCUCAGACAGACCUCUACUCGUCGGCUCCUCGGAAUCGGAACGGUGAAACAACAUGGCAGAUCUUGACAAUAAAGACCAAACUGAAAUGGACCCAGCAGAUAUAGAGGAUGUUGAAGAGGUGGAGGAAGAGGAGACUGGGGAAGACAACAGUAAAGCACGUCAGCUGACGAUGCAGAUGAUGCAGAACCCCCAGAUUCUUGCGGCACUACAGGAGCGAUUGGACGGACUCGUGGGAUCUCCCUCAGGGUACAUGGAGAGUUUACCAAAGGUGGUGAAGAGACGCGUUAAUGCCCUUAAGAACCUCCAGGUCAAAUGUGCGCACAUCGAAGCCAAGUUCUACGAAGAAGUCCACGAACUGGAGCGAAAAUACGCCGCUUUGUAUCAGCCUCUCUUUGACAAGCGGAGUGAUAUCGUGAGAGCGUCAUACGAACCCACAGAUGAGGAGUGCGAGUGGAAACAAGAUGAAGAGGAAGAGCUGACCGAGGAAAUGAAGGAGAAGGCCAAAGUGGAGGAAGAGAAGAAGGAUGAGGAAAAGGAAGACCCUAAAGGAAUCCCAGAGUUUUGGCUCACAGUUUUCAAGAACGUCGACCUUCUCAGUGAAAUGUUGCAGGAACAUGAUGAACCAAUCCUCAAGCACUUACAAGAUAUUAAAGUCAAAUUCUCUGACGCCGGCCAGCCAAUGAGUUUCACAUUAGAGUUCCACUUUGAGCCAAAUGAUUUCUUCACACAAACAGUCCUGACAAAGACCUACAAAAUGAGGUCCGAGCCAGAUGAGUCCGAUCCCUUCUCAUUUGACGGGCCAGAGAUCAUGGGCUGCACAGGAUGCACGAUCGACUGGAGUAAGGGCAAGAACGUCACACUGAAAACCAUUAAGAAGAAACAGAAACAUAAGGGACGUGGCACAGUUAGGACGGUCACCAAGACGGUCCCCAAUGAUUCAUUUUUCAACUUUUUCUCACCCCUGAAAGUUCCAGAAACCGGUGAACUGGACGAGGACUCAGAGGCAGUGUUGGCAGCAGACUUUGAGAUUGGUCACUUCAUCCGCGAGCGCAUUGUUCCCAGGGCGGUGCUGUACUUCACUGGAGAGGCCAUCGAAGACGACGAUGAUGACUAUGACGAGGAGGGAGAGGAAGCCGACGAUGAGGAGGGUGAAGAGGAAGCCGAUGAGGAAAACGAUCCAGACUAUGAGCCCAAGAAGGAUGCCAACCCCCCAGAGGAGUGCAAACAGCAGUGAUGGCGGCGCCCGCCUCCUUCAGGAUCCCCUACACUGUAACGGCUUCAAACAAACAUAGUUACUUACCGCCUUACAAUGUUUUGUAUUUUUCUUGGUAGAAAUAAUUGAAAAAUAAAUAAAAGGGUUUCAAGAUUUUUGUUACAAAAAAAAAGAAAAAACAACUCCUAUUGGGAGCCGUUGCUCAUGACGCAUAGUAUUUUACUAGACCGGUUUCUUUCUUUCGUUUUCCUUUUCUCUCUCUGUAUACAUGGUUAGAAUGCAGAAAAUCCCUCAAAGCAUGACACUUGUUUCUUCACUGCUAAACUAGUUGGGUUCUCGUGAAGUCUUUUGUAUUGCUCUUAGACAACAGCUGUGGAAAGACGGUCCGGUUUACAGGAAAAGUGAUUCCUUUACGCUCGGAUCAACCAAAGCAGAGGCACAGGGUGGCACAGAAGUGCUCAUUCACUCAUCUCAACCCCCCCGUGUGUAAUCCGGAAAAAUCAGUUCUCGGUUAAAAUAUUCCACGAAGCGUCCCACUAUUUUUCCUUAAGGGUCAAAGACGUUGUGUCGGUGGUGACUGUACAUUCCACAUCCGUGUGAAGGAGUUCGUCCUUCAGUAGACGCUCUGCUGCAUGAAUUAAUUUUUUUUCUUCUAUGAGCACUUUGUACUUUGUCAUGUGUCGGUAACGUCGAUUAGACCAAGCGCUUAACGUUACGCUGGCUUGCCGUUAUUCAGGUGGGUUCUCUGCUCCAUGCAUCUCUCCAGAAGGCACUUACAAUGAUCCCAACGAGCUCAUUGGAGGAUUAGACUUAAUGCGAGAACCUGAUUGGAGGAGCCAGUUAUUGGUUUGUUUCUGAGCUCGGCCCUGAGUGAUGUUUGUUGAGGAGUCUGUGGUGACACACCACCCUCUGUUUGGCAGGCCUAUCACUGUGAAGGGGUGCGACUGACUGUGUGUGUGUGUGAUUGUGUGUGUGCACUCAGAGGAGGGUCUCCUCUCACUCGUAGCGCAGCCCAGCAGGUCUGAAGCAGAUAGAGCAAUAUUUUCACUCCGGAUCCCCGAACGCCGCAGUAUCCCGUGUCUCGUAGCUCCACAUGUCUAGCUCGGACCGUGUGGCUCGUCGAUUAGCAGCGGGGGUCUUUCUGGUUCCCCCUCAGCAGCUGUUGUCAAAGCAAAAUGCCAUGCUACAAAAUACUAAUGUACUCAAUAACUGUACGUGGAUGUAUAUUCAUGAAAUAAAUUGGUAAAAUGUG